GCGCCAGGAAUACCUACAACGGGAGGACCUUCAGGACCUUCUUUCUUACGUCAGUUUUCGACAAGGAUGGGAAAAAUUGGGUCAAGGAAGACAAGAAGGUCGGCCUUGACUUGCGGCUCUUUCAAGGCUACGGCGUCAAGGCUUUCUCCAUGAAAGCGUUUGACGUGCGCGGGGACGGCACCGCGCUUCGCAUGCUGACUGCGGAACAGUUCCUCAGUAGAACGAACGGCUACUGCGUCACUGGUUGCCUUCCUGUCGUUGAAAGUUCCUUGGAGCUCACCAAACCCUUGGUGAAAUUCAGCAGCCCGGCGGACCAACUGCCAGGCGUUGUUAAGGAGUACAGGGAAGCCUUCUCGAGGCUGCCUCUGGACCAGCAAGCCGACUGCGCUUUCGUGCCCUUUGUCACGAGCUCGAGGAAAUCGCGACAGACGUCAUCCGCGCCGGUUGGGAAGAGGAAACAGUUGGCUGCUUGUCCAGCUCCGGCUUUGCCAGUCGCGUCGCCCUCGCCCUUGCCCACGGUGAGGGGAGGUCAUGAUAUCGCUCAAUGUUCGAGCGAGGCUACGGAGUACGAUGACAGAAAUCUGUACGGACGCAAUGCUGCGCGUGACAGUGCCCAGGAAGGUGCGACUGCCCUCACUGAGCGAAACGAGGAGGAAGAAGAUGGGGGAAGCUGCGGUCCACGUGAAGACGACGGUGAUGACGAGUAUAUGGACGUUGGGGAUGAGAACAUGCAGGACCAAAACAUGCUUGCCGAUGACGACGUCGGUGUCACAUCGGAGCAUGGCCCUGGCGACAUCCCCACCGGUUCUGUGGGAGCGGUUGCUGGUCGGCCCUUGUCGUCCCCUGCGAUAUGGCAUUCGCAAGGCGGGAGUCAGGGUGGGCAUGACUCGCAGGAGCACGGAGGAUCAAAGUCGAGGAAAAGGACAAGAGAAACUUCUCCUUCUGCUUCCGCUCACAAGAGACAAGCGAGGACUGACGCUAUUAAUGAGGCUCGUGGAACUCUGGUGGCAUCCCAGGAGGCGAGACCUCCUCGGAAGAGCAGCCAGGGGGGAAGAUCUGGCGGUCGUGGCGGCGGCCGUGGCAAUAGAGACCCUCAAACAUUACCACGGUGCUCUCACUGGCGCCUUGAGACUUUUGUUGCUCGAUGCAAGAUCCUCAAGUUCGAUCUUCGCAAAGACAAAUUGACGUCCAAGGACUACGCGGAGCUCGCGAAAUCGGGCGAUGGCUUUAACCCCGUCGAUAGCGAGGAAGAUUCUUCGGACUCCGACCUCGAACUGGGCGAGGACACAUGUGCUGAGGUUCCGCGCGGUGGAAUGGUGCAAGCUCACGAAAACGGAACUGUCCAUUCGCACGGAGGGUCCAUCCCGGUGGCUGCCCCAAGCGUCGCCUCAAUGGUGGCCCCAUCCGAGAGUGCUGCAUUGCAAGACAUUGGUAGAUGCGGUGGCAAUGAAGAAGACGAUAUUGAGAUACCAGGCGAGGCGUCGACGCUCGCACCAGGCGAUGCAAUUCCUUCACGCUACUGUGCUGACCCGGACACGAUAUAUUUCUUGGAGGGCAAACACACCCACACAGGCGAGGAUCAGUGGGGCCAUGACAUCAUAUGGCAUGAGGGCGUUUUACAACCGUGCAUCCAAGAUGGGGAGUGGAAGAUGGCGGUGAAAUACACAAGCGGUUGGAAGACUUUUCGCCGGAUGUCAAAGGACAUCUGGUUGAAAACGACGGAACUCGCGAUCCUGCAUCGCGUGCGCGUCGAGAAUCCAGAGCAGAACGAGGCCGCCAUCAAAGCCAAGGCCGAAGAAUUGUUUCAUGUCUUGCUCGACAAUCGGCAACUGGAGUACAGCAACAAAUUUUAUGCCCUGCGCUCGAGUCCCUCACGCGGGUCAAUCAACUGGAAGGUUGAUCAAACCGCCAGAACCUUGGAGGGGAGCUGCUCUCAUGAUUUCAUGCCUUCGGCUGAGCCGGCCUCUGUGGCCGCGCAAGCAGGGCACAGGGGAGAUGACGGGACUACUGUUGUCGGGCCUCAAGAGGUUGACAUCACGUCUAAGCCGCAAAUAUCGGAAAAAUCCAUCUCGGUCGCCGCGGCACAAUCGUCCUCACCCAUCGAUGUGUCAACGACGUUGCCGCCGGAUGCAGGUGCCACGUACAAGAGUUUAUUGAUAACAAAUGCUGCAAUGCAAGGCAGAUCCGAGAUCGAGUCAGAGUCUGAUGUUGGGCCGAGUGUGGCGGAGAGUCAGUUGCAACCGUCUUUAUGCAUUGGCAAAGGUGAUGCACAAUCACCGCUGACACCACAGGGAGGGGUCGGUGGGGAUGGCGGGAAGGGAGGGGAUGUGGAGGGAAUGCACCGUUCUCGUAACCUCGACACCUUAACCGCUGAUAUUGAUUAAAAGGGUGAGGGUGGGUAAGGCGGGAGGGGUGCAAUUGGAGGGGGAGAAUCCAGUGAUAUGAUUACAACUUCAC